GCGGUUGUAAGUGGGCGCGGCCUCACCUGCCAGUCAGGCUCAUCAAACAAAAGAUACAGGUUUGCUCAACUUGUGUGAGCAGAAGAUCCAGAGUGACUCCUCUAAAACAUUCACACACUCUGGAUCCACUUCAUGGCGGAAACAUGCACGAGUGCAGGGAUGCCCUGAAGCGGAUCUUGAUCUGCUACGCCUCUGCCACCCAGCUUGACAUGUCUACCGUGAGCCGCUUCCGCAAAGGUAUGUGCGAGUGGAGGACGCAACGCGAGAAGGAGAUCCACACCAUAAGAGACAUCGGCAACAGAGCGGAGCUGAAGUUGGGCAAGAAUCUCCUGGUGUACGUGAAGAGCAAGAUGGCUGCGGAGAACAGGCGAACCGCGCUGGAAGCGGCGCUCGCCGGUGUGCUGAAGGACGUCUUGUUUGGCUUGGAGGAACUGGAUGUCUUUGUGGAGGCGCUGGAGAGGCUGGCCACUACCUCACUGCUUGUUUUCCGUGGCGGGGUGGUGAAACUUGCACAAGGGGUUGGCUGCUGUGAUGUGGCAUUUGCCGUGGCCGCGGCACGCCGGGCCUGCCCCCUUGCUGCCGAGUUGAAGAGAGAUGCUAAAGUAUUCUUCUUGCCCAGACUGGACAACACAGCAGUGCUGGCCUAUCUUCUCGACAAAUAUGUGGAGACCGCGCAACAAAUAUGCCUUCUCCUGGACAAAAGCAAGUUCUCCCUUAACUUGGUCUCCAAAGCUGGCACAGAGCUCCGUGUAGAUCUCCCUGAGGAAUUAUCUUCAGACGACACGUACAGGAUGUUUCGUCACAUUCAAAAGUGUAGCCACAUCAGGAAUGACGCAGACUUCCGGUUGGUGUUCCGGCUACAGGAGCACGCGUGUCACCGCUUCCUUGCCGAGUUCAGCCAGCGUCGGGCCAGAAUGCUGGAGCUUUUGGACCAGUUGGACCAGAACAUAGAAGGGCUGGUCAGGGAGAACAAAGGGGUGAAGCUCUCCAAUGUGGCGAGCAGCACAUUGGGCCUGGUGAGUGGUGCGCUGUCAAUUGCCGGCCUGGCACUCGUUCCCAUCACAGCUGGCACCUCGCUGGUUCUUAGUAUGACCGGACUGGGUCUCGGUCUUGCCAGUUGGGCUAACUGCGCAGUCACCUCCGUCGUGGACUACAAACUGAAACAGAAGUGCAUGAAGAAAGUCAGCGAAGUGAUAGAGAACUUCGUUGAGGACGCUGAGUGUCUGGACGACAUCACCAGCGAGACUCGGCUACUCGACGCAGCAGUCAGUGAAGUACUUUGCGAGGAGACUACGAGGAGAAGCGUGGGCUUGGUCGCAGAUGUCAGCUCUACUGUGAAGACACCUCCACGCAACCAGGAGGUGGCCACAAGGGUGGGGAAGGUGGUCAUCAUUGGUGGGAAAGCGCUACGGAAUGUCCACCGGGCCGUGGCCGACGCUCGCAACGUGGGCAGCGCAGCCCUCAGAGGAUCCGUGGCGGUGUCCUACGCGGCCAGAGCUGGACUCAUUCCGCUUAACGGAAUCUUUAUUGGGAUCGAUAUUGUUAUAAUUUGCGUGAGCGGCGUCGCUUUGGCCAAAGGAUGCGAGACCCGAAUGUCGCACUUUCUCCGAGCCAGGAGUGCUCUCUGGCGGGCGGAGAUGGAAUCCUGGCAAAGGAUGUGUGACUCACUGGUGCGGGGACUGGAAACAUUUGAGGAGAACCAGGCUGUUCUAGAGGCAGCGUUUUACCUUGACAACAAACGGGGCCACAAGCAACGUUGCAGCAUUCAGUAGCACCCAGAAAGUCCUGGCGAGCCACCACAGAUGAAAGUCUUGAUGACAUUAGUUCAACUGAAAUUGUUCAAAACUUGUCAAUGCCAAGCAUACACACCUGGACGAUGUGCUGUAAAUAUAAAUAAAAAAAACAAUUAUCCUGAGACAUUUCACUCUGUAAAGUGACACUAUCAUGUUUUCAUUCGUUGAACUGCAAGAAUAAAUUUUCA